GGACUAACAAAGCAUUUGUUCAGAGGCUGCUGUGACGGACCGUUGAAUCAGGCACGAGCGGGAUUUCAAAGCGCUAAAACGAAAUCCAAAAAUAUCUCCCUAUUUAAAGAUAAAUUGUCGUUAAGGUCGCGUGAUUGAACAAAUUUACUGUAACUUUGGACGGAAUAACAGUUAUUAUCAGGGCACACAGGCGGACGUUGGUCAAGUGUUUCUCCUACGUUGUUCAGAUUUGGACAUCUGUAAGCCAUGUUUGACAAGCAGCACUACGACAGCCCGCCAGUCUACAGUCCUCCUUUCACACCUCCAUCCAACAAUGGCUUUGGUCCUCCGGGCAGUUUUCAUGGCAAUCAGAGUGAUUUUAAUGCCUACCCUCCUCCACCAGGAUCCUACUACAUCGAGGACAGACCACAGCACUUCUACAAAUGGCGGUCACCUCCUGGGAUUGUUAAAGCUAUGAUGGCUACAGUGAUAAUAAUGUGUGUGGGCAUAUUUGCCUGCGUGGCUUCAACCCUCAUGUGGGACUAUCAGUAUGGCUAUGGCGCUGGAAUGGGUUAUGGUUCUGGCAUGGGCUACGGCAGUGGAUACAUGGGAGGCAGUUAUGGAUCAGGAUAUGGGGGUUAUGGGGGUUAUGGGGGCUACGGAGGUGGCUAUGGAAACUACUAUGGUUCUAACAUUUCCCCGUACUCUGCUAAAAUGACCAUGAUUGCCAUGGCAGGCAUUAACUUUGUUGGAGCAAUAAGCUUCUUCAUUGCCAGCUUCUCUAAAUCCAACAUAGUUCGCAGCAGGAAGUUCUAUCUGGCAGUCCUGAUAAGCUGCAUCAUCAUGUCCAUCCUGCAGGCCAUCAUAAACAUCGUUUACAUCGUCGGUGUAAAUCCAAUGGCCCAGAGCUCCUCCAACAUCAUGUAUAAUCCAAUGCUCAUGAUGUGUCAGAACCUCUACCAGACCAGCUACUCCCAGAUGGGAGGAAUGGGAGGCUUCCCCAUUUACAACCAGUACCUGUACCAUUACUGCUUCGUGGACCCACAGGAGGGAGUUGCUAUGGUGUGUGGGUUCCUGGUCGUGCUUGCUUUGGGGGUCGCUGCUUUCUUUGCUUACAAAACGAGGGGGAAGAUUUGGCGCUACGGAAAACCAAAUAUCUACUGGGAGGAGCCUCUCGUUGGUGGGAAAGCCUCGGAGGGAAGGGAUGUAGAGGACUGGGUGAACAAUGUGGAGGAAAGCCACAGCAUUCAGGACGCCCCAACCCUGCUGGUGUCAGAGAAAGGGGGCGGGCCUCUCAAUGCCUCAGCUAACAGCGUCAUCUCCUACUCUCCUGUCAAGGUGGACGGCACCUCCUACACUGGGGAUGACAACCAAUAUUCAGAAAGAACAACCAGUAGGCCUUCAGAGGUGUUUUCUUACCCUGAAGGAAUAAGCUCCAGCCCCUCAGAUGAGACCAGCGGAGGUCGCAGGCCCUCUGCCCACAGGGGCAAGAGACGCCGGCGUAACCCGGAGCUGGACGAGUCUCAGUACGAAACAGAAUACACCACCGGAGGAGAGACGGGCAAUGAGCUGGACAUGGAAGAAUGGGAGAGCAUGUACCCCGAAAUCACAACAGAUUCUCAGCGUCACGACUACAAAAGGGAGUUUGAUGCCGACCUUCGAGAGUACAAGUGGCUGUGUGCUGACAUGGAUGACAUUAACGAUCAGCUGAACAAACUCAGUCGGCAGCUGGACACGAUGGACGACACCUCCUCCAAAUACCAGGCUGUUGCAGAUGAAUAUAAUCACCUGAAGGAUCUGAAGCAGACACCAGAUUACCAGUCGAAGAAGAAAGAGUGCCGCAGGCUGAGACGCAAGCUCUUCCACAUCAAACGCAUGGUGAAGCAGUAUGACAAAAACCACUGAAGUUGCCCCUCCGUCCUCACUCUCCACUCUGCAAAAGCUUAAAGACACACUCCAAAAUACUGUGCAGACUGUCACAUGCUCAGACCAAAGUUACAGCAUUCUCAUGGCGCACCAAUGUGGGGGAAAAACUGUUUUCUUUGUUUUUGAUUGUUUGCUUUUGUCGGUCCCUCACAUGUUAUCAAUACCUGUGCAGAAAUAUAGAACAAACAAUUUUCAUUCAUUUCAAGUUCUCUGAACAUCAGAUCAGUGCUUGCUGCACGUGCACACCAGAGGGUGCGGGUUCACGUGUUGAAAGACAGACUUUCAGUCAGUCACCUGUGAUAAGAUUGUGCUUCUUCUGUGCAGCUGUGUGCUCAGCAGGUUUGCAGCUUUGUUCAGAGGUGGAGCACUGCUGUGUAGUGAUGGGUGUGGCAGGCUGCAGGGGCCACUUUUGAGCUUUCAAGAUAAAGAUCAUCAGUGUUUAUAGCUACUUAUACCAUGGUCCGGGUGAAUACUCGAUUCUGAUUGGCUGCUGGGUGUGCAUUAACACCUGAUAACCGCACGGUGAAAAAGAAGUUCCGGUCACCUAGCUUAAAUGUUUUGUAUCACUGCGCUGGCUUCUUAAAAACAACCUUUUGCUUCAUCAUCUGGACAAAAACAAGCGGUAAGAGAUGAACUUUCUCUCUGAACUGAUGCUUUAUUCAACCCAUCGGGACGAUCAGCAUAUAUAUAUCACAGAAUCUUGACUGCAACAGAUGACACAUAGUCCGCUUUUUGUGAGAAAAGCGAUCCAAAUCGGGGAAAAAACGAGAAUUAAGGACUAAAAACUGGUUAAUAUGUAUUGCUUUUGUAAGUGACCAUGGUAUAAGCAGGUUAAUGGCCUUUGAAGUGUGCGUUAUUACUUUUUAACGCACUUCGCAUCGGACGGUUCAGGCUUCCACGGCGUGCGCUAAAACGUAAUAACGCACACUUCGUCGGACAUUAACCCUUACCUAACUGUCAGUGCACUGCCUGCUGCUGUUGUUUUCUUUUCCUGUUUUUAAAAUUUUUGUUUUGUAAAAACUGUGAUAAAAACCAAAAAGAGGGCACAAAGCAGCCAGUAAAGAAUAUGUGCCAUUGUUGGAUUUUAUAGUACAAACCUACAGUGAUUCCAGUUUGUUCAAUAUUCCCACAACCAGUUUACAGUAUGCCUGUUUGAGCAGUCCUUCAAGUUUUUAGAUGUUAGAAAGGCUUAAUACUCAUUAAUAAAUAAGUGUUCAUUCAAAAUCUACUGAAGCUAUGCAAAUUUAAAAGAUUAACCAAAAAUGUUUUUUUUAUAUAUUUUUCUAUAUUACAGGCGUUUCUCGUAAUUUGAUUUUUUUUCCAAUUCAAAUUGAUUGUAGUUUUGCUUUAAUCCAUGUUAUUAUUAAAAAUGUACUGUACAUGUUCAAAUAAAUCCUGAUGUAUUUGCAUUUUCAUGAAGAACAUCGUUUCCAUUUUACCAACUUUCUGCAAGCCAUUUAUUUUUGUAAGAAUUUACUUUCUUUGAUGAAACAAAAUACUGUUAUUGUAACAGUACAAUUCCUUAAAUCGUGUUGUCUAAUAUGUAACUAAUAAACAAAUCUAAUUCUGUGAAAAGGAAAAA